GUCUACUGCUAUGAGAUUCGUGUCCGUCCGCUCUCUCCCUAAAGAGACGGAAGCGACAGUCCUUGGGAGCUUCUAUCUUGUCGGAGAGAUCUCAUCCCCUCUUCUCUCUUCCUUACAGUAAAACCAGAAAAGGACAAAAGCAGAUUAAAAAAAGAAAAAAAGAGAAAGAAAAUAAGGAAAUUGGAUCAGAUAAAAACUCAAAACUCCAUUUCUCCCAUCUUAAAUCCACCUCAACCUCUUCCCUUCUUCCUCUGCCAUCUCCCCAUCCUCUCAACUUCCAUAGUUACCAAAAUACCCUUCCCCCGUCUGUUUCCAACUCUAACAAUGCCACUCCAUCUCUUCAUUUCCCUUCUUUUCUUCUUCUUCAUCCUUCAAACUCCUUCUCCAACUCUCUCUCUAAACCAAGAAGGACUCUACCUCCUCCGAGUCAAACUCGGCUUCGACGACCCGUCAGGCUCCCUCUCAAACUGGAACUCCCGAGACGACACUCCGUGCACUUGGACCGGCGUCACGUGCGACACGACCUCCCUCUCUGUCAUCUCCCUCAAACUCCCCGACUCCAGCAUCUACGGCCCUUUCCCAACCCUCCUCUGCCGUCUCCAGAACCUCACCUCCAUCUCUCUCUCCGGCAACAACAUCAACGACUCCCUCCCUACUUCCAUCUCCACGUGUCAAAAUCUCGUCCAUCUAGACCUCUCCCAAAACAUCCUCGUCGGUUCUCUACCCUCCACGCUCUCAUCCCUCCAAAACCUCCUCUCCCUCGACCUCUCUGGCAACAAUCUCACCGGCGAAAUCCCACCGUCGAUCGCGUCAUUCCCGAAGCUCCAGUACCUCUCCCUUGUCAACAAUCUCUUCAACGAAACCAUCCCUCCCUAUCUCAGCAACAUCACCACGCUCAAACACCUCAACCUCUCCUACAAUCCCUUCUCCGCGUCGGAAAUUCCGCCCGAAUUCGGAAACCUGACCAAUCUCAAGAUCCUCUGGCUCGCCGGAUGCCAUCUCGUCGGUCCAAUCCCACCGUCGAUCGGGAACCUCAAGAAACUCUUGGAUUUGGAUCUGUCGUACAACAAUCUGGUCGGAUCGAUCCCUCCAGCUCUCACUUCCCUUUCGAGCGUCGUGCAGAUCGAGAUCUACAAAAAUUCGUUCUCAGGAGUGAUUCCGGCCGGGUUUUCGAAUCUGACAUCUCUGAGGCGAUUUGAUGCAUCGAUGAAUAAUCUCGAAGGGACGAUUCCGGAUGAUCUCUGCAAGUUGCCACUCCAGUCCUUGAAUCUGUAUGAGAACCGGUUGGACGGGGGAUUGCCGGAGAGCAUUGCGGACUCACCGAAUCUCUAUGAGCUGCGGCUCUUCGGGAAUAGGCUGACGGGGACCCUCCCGCGGAACCUUGGGCAGAAUUCGCCGCUCCUUGUUGUCGAUGUCUCGGAGAAUCUUUUUGACGGUGAAAUUCCGGAGAAUCUCUGCCAGAAGGGGGUCUUAGAGCAGCUCCUUUUGAUAGGUAAUGCCUUUUCUGGGAGAAUUCCAGAUAGUCUCGGCCAAUGCCGGAGCUUGAUCAGAGUCCGGUUGAGAGGCAACCAGCUCUCUGGUGUGGUUCCGGUGGGACUCUGGGGUUUGCCGCAUGUUUGGCUGCUUGAGCUCACUAAGAAUUCGUUCUCGGGCAACAUUUCUCCGGCUAUCUCCACUGCGUCGAAUCUCUCGCUCCUGCUCAUAUCGGAAAACCAGUUUUCAGGAAGCAUACCAGCUGAAAUCGGUUUCUUGGAAAAUUUGGUCGAUUUUUCUGGGAAUGAUAACCAGUUAUCUGGACCGAUUCCUGAAACAAUUGGAAAACUGACCCAGCUUGGGAGGCUUGAUCUGCACAACAAUGAGCUAUCAGGCAAUCUUCCUUCGGAAAUCCAACAGUGGACGAAACUCAGUGAGCUGAAUCUGGCGGACAACGAGUUCUCCGGUAAAAUUCCAUCGGAAAUUGGGAAGUUGCCAGUGCUGAACUAUCUUGAUCUUUCGGGGAACCGUCUAACCGGUGAAAUCCCACUCGAAUUGCAGAACUUGAAGCUCAACCGCUUCAAUCUGUCAAACAAUCGUCUCUCUGGCAAGCUCCCGCCCCUGUACGCCAAUCAAAUAUACAGGGAGAGCUUCUUGGGUAAUCCAGGGUUGUGUGGAGAUCUUACCGGAUUGUGUACAGAUUCGCAUAGGGAUGGGGCUAAUAAUCGUGGAUCAGUUUGGUUACUGCGGUCCAUCUUUAUACUAGCAGGUUUGGUUCUGGUUGUUGGGGUUGGCUGGUUCUACUGGAGGUAUCGAAGUUUCAAGAAGGUGAAAAAGGGAGUCGACAAAUCGAAAUGGACACUGACUUCGUUUCACAAAUUGGGUUUCAGCGAAUACGAAAUCUUGGAUUGUCUUGAUGAAGAUAAUGUGAUUGGGAGUGGAGGUUCUGGCAAGGUCUACAAGGCCGUCCUUAGCAAUGGAGAGGUGGUUGCUGUGAAGAAGCUUUGGGGAGGAUCUAAGAAAGGUGGUGUUGAAGAGGCUGAUGAAAGGCGUCGGAUUUCAGAUGACGGGUUUGAAGCAGAGGUCGGCACAUUGGGAAAGAUCAGGCAUAAGAAUAUAGUGAGGUUAUGGUGCUGCUGUACUACGAGGGAUUGCAAGCUUUUAGUCUAUGAAUACAUGCCGAAUGGAAGCUUGGGAGAUCUGCUCCAUAGUAGUAAGGGAGGUUUAUUGGACUGGUCGACAAGGCAUAAGAUUGCGCUGGAUGCGGCAGAAGGGCUUUCUUAUCUGCAUCACGAUUGCGUUCCUCCAAUUGUUCACAGAGAUGUGAAAUCGAAUAAUAUUUUGUUGGAUGGGGAGUUUGGGGCACGGGUCGCAGAUUUUGGUGUCGCCAAGAAGGUUGAUGCUGUUGGAAAGGGGCCUAAGUCAAUGUCUGUGAUCGCGGGUUCAUGUGGAUACAUUGCACCAGAGUAUGCUUACACGCUUAGAGUGAACGAGAAGAGCGACAUAUACAGCUUUGGAGUGGUUAUUCUUGAAUUAGUAACAGGGAGACGUCCUGUUGACCGUGAGUUUGGGGAGAAGGACUUGGUGAAGUGGGUAUGCACCACGUUGGACCAGAAAGGGGUGGACCACGUGCUGGAUCCCAAGCUCGAUAUGAAGUUCAAGGAAGAGAUGUGCAAAGUCCUCAACAUUGGGAUAAUGUGCACUAGCCCCCUCCCCAUAAACCGCCCAUCGAUGCGGAGGGUGGUGAAGAUUUUGCAAGAGGUCAGCAUGGAGAACAAGCCCAAACCUGAGAAAAAGGAUGGGAGGCUGUCUCCAUAUUACUAUGAGGACGGGUCUGAUCAUGGAAGCACCGUCUGAGACCACUCAAAGAUUUGGCCAGAUGAUCAAGGAGAAGCGGUUCUUCUCUUUUCAUUAUUUCUCAUUCUCUCUAAUGGUGUUUGUUUUUCGGGUGAGUGGAGAUGUCUGAAUAGAGAAGAAUCAUUAGGUCCCGGUGAUGUACCUAGUCUGUAGUCAUGGUUUGUUGAUCCAGACCUGUCUGUCAGAUGGGCUCCCACAUCCUGUAAUGAAAAAUGCAGAACAACCGUCAGGAAAAGAAAACCAAAGAUCAGAUGGCUAGGAUCAUUAGAUCUGAUGUAUUUUUGAGGCAACCUCCACUGAUGGUGGGGCUCAUCGUAUCACCAAACCAUGGGCCCCACUUGUAUCAAUUACGCAAACAAAGACCAAUAGUUUCACCUCAAGAGGAAAGAUUCAGAUCAUCUGGAGGAAUUUCCUUUUAGAGAGAGAAUGGUAUUGGUUAGUUUACUGUGGAUGAAAUCCUUCCAAAAUUUUCUUACUUUAAAGGGCUUCUAUUGGAAAAGAAGCUACAUCUUCUGACUCCUGUGUAAUGACAGUGGGGUUUUUAUGUAACCGCUGGUUAUGUACUUGUGUUGUGGCACUACUUUGACUUGAAAAAAAAAAUCUAAGUCUAUUGAUCUUUUC